UGCGAUGAUUGGCUGGCGGGUAAAUUUGAAACGCGACUCCUCUAGACGCUAACGUUAACAACAUACCCCGGUAAACCAGUUUGAACAAACCGGUGCGGUGCUGUUGUGCCUGGAGAAAAAUUCUUUUUAGGUUCUAGUUUUGAAUCACAUUGUUUCACGCACAAGGCUGGAAGUCUACACAAAUCCUGCAGGAGGACAUGGAGACUGCUGUGAUCAAUCUGCACAGCAUUUUUAAUAGCCUGCAGGCACAAUUUGAUGUUCUCAAUGAAAGCAUUGAGCCUCAGUUCAUUCAGAUGGCCUUGAACUUUGAGGACAGCCGUCGUAAAUGGCUGAGACGCGAGCAGGAGCUAAAUGCAUGCAAGGAGGUGCUCACCAAGGCCGAGACGGAGCGAGGAGCUCUGGAGAUCAAGCUGAAACAUGCCCGCAACCAAGUAGAUGUGGAGAUCCGUCGGAGACAGAAAGCUGAGGCUGACUGUGUGAAACUGGACCGUCAGAUCCAGCUCAUCCGGGAGCUGUUGGUGUCUGAAGGUUCCAGUAACAGCAUCCAGUUAAAUGAGGAGCAGCGGUCAGCUCUGGCCUUUCUGAAUGCCCGUUCCCAGAAUCCUGCAAACCUCAACACUAGCCGACGAUUGACCACCAUUGAUGAAUCAGCCUCUAUCUUGUCAGACAUCAGUUAUGAUAAAACUGAUGAUUCUUUGGACUGGGACUCUUCUGCAAUCAGGACUGUUCGUCUCAAGAAACGGCAAAAGAGACGCUCCUCCCGAAACCACACAGAUGGUCCCCCUGCCGCUGCCAAGAGGUCCCGUUCCACCGGCCGCACCUCUGAGAAAGGUAAUGAGUCUCUGGUGGCUAAGACCACCGUGACGGUGCCCACUGAUGGCGGACCCAUUGAAGCUGUCACCACAGUGGAGGCUGUUCCUUACUGGACCCGGAGCCGCCGAAAAACUGCUGCUCUGGAGUGGGACACUGCUGACACAGACUCUGUUCAGUCUAUGGAUGUGUUCAAGCAGCCCAGUCAGCCCAAUGGAGAGACCAAGGCAGGGCCCAGCACUCCCCAGGGCAACGGAGGUGUCCGUCUGCAUGAAUUUGUCUCCAAAACGGUGAUCAAGCCAGAGUCUUGUGUGCCAUGUGGUAAGAGGAUCAAAUUUGGGAAGAUCUCUCUGAAGUGCAGGGACUGCCGUGUGGUGGCCCACCCUGAGUGCCGUGAGCGCUGCCCUCUGCCCUGCAUUCCAAACAUGACUGGGACUCCAGUGAAAUCCGAGGAGGGCAUCCUAGCAAAUUAUGUGUCCACCUCCUCUCCCAUGAUUCCUUCGCUAGUAGUGCACUGUGUUAAUGAGAUUGAGCAGAGAGGCCUACAUGAGACUGGUCUGUAUCGGGUGUCUGGCUCUGAUCGAGUAGUCAAGGACCUGAAAGAGAAGUUCCUGCGUGGGAAGACUGUUCCCUUGCUCAGCAAGGUGGACGAUAUCCAUGCCAUCACUGGCCUCCUCAAGGACUUCCUGAGGAACUUCAAAGAACCCCUGCUGACCUUCCGCCUCAAUCGUGCCUUCAUGGAUGCUGCUGAACUCUCCGAUGAUGACAACAGCAUCGCCUUGAUGUAUCAGAACAUCAGUGAUCUUCCACAGCCCAACAGAGACACUCUGGCCUUCCUCAUCAUGCAUUUGCAGAGGGUGGCCCAGAGCAAAGAUACAAAGAUGGACAUAACCAAUCUGGCUCGUGUAUUUGGGCCCACAAUUGUGGGUCAUACCGUGCCUGACCCAGAUCCAAUGACCAUUCUGCAGGACACAAAACGGCAGCCAAAAGUGGUUGAGAGUCUCCUGGGUCUGCCUGUGGAGUACUGGAGUCAGUUUAUGAUCAGCAACAAUAACCAGACUCACAAUGAUAACAUGAUCAUUGAGAACGCCAAUGUCCACGCAACUCCUGAUCAGAAAACGAGUAUGUUUGGGCCCCUUACGACUCCUGACCAGCAGAUGAGCAAGACCCCAUCCUCCAGCUCUCUCUCCCAGCGCAUGAAGAAUGCAACUCUCAAUGCAAUCACUCCAAAGUUCUCUAGCAGGAGCAGAGCUGCAGUCAGCGUCCCUCGCCAAGGGCACUUCUUCACCUCUCCUCUCCUAAAGUAGCCCUGAAGCUCCUCAAGGCUGAGUUUUUCUUUUUCUUUGGAAACAGCUGCAAUAUAUUACAUAAUCCUACUUGUAUAUUUUAUGUCUGGUUUGUCCAUCAAUUUGGACCAUAUUAACGCUACUCUUUUUAUCUGUCAAGUUUUCUAGUAACAUUUGUAUUUUAGUUGCUUUUAAAUGUUUUAAUGUACUGUUAACAUUCACAAACAAAGCGAUGGGCUGAUAUAAACAGUUCCAUCAGUCACUGAGUCCUCAAUUAACAACAGAAUCUGCAUCAGUUUGGGAGUUCUUUAUCAAGAAACCUGAACUUGAAUGUAGCAUCUAGAACAAAAAAGGUUAUGCUGUAUGCAAGAUUUGUAUAUAGUAUAAUCUGAAACCGUAACCUUGUGUAUUGCUUGAAUAUUGUAAUUGUAUGUUUUACAUGGAACGACAAGCAAAAUCCCAAUCUCUUUGGGUUCAAGGCUGUAGUGACCAUCAGAUUUUUCUAUGUAGAGUGUAAACUGUGUGUUUAAACAUGGUCAAACUUAGAUUUCAUAGCCAGUAGAUUUAAUACAGAAUUUGUUAAGAUGAUGCUGCUAAUGUUUCAAUUAUUCAUUUGUAUUGUUUGAGAAACACUGCUUCUGAACCCUCUGCGAUUUGUGCAUUGAGGGGUUCAGGACGGUAAGAAAAUUGAGAAUAUAUGCAAUUUGUAAUGAAAAACACUUGGUGGUUGUGCUUGCGCA